AUGACCGAAACAAAAAAAUUUCAAGUUCCUUCUCCUAUCCCAGAGAAGCUUUAUAGGCUAAUAGACGGUUUUCGUCUGUCUAAAGCGCUAUUUGCAGCAUGUGAAUUGGAAGUCUUCGACAAACUGCGAUCUGCAUCCUCACCACAAUCGGCCGACGACAUAACAAAGGCAUUGUCCUCCGAUCUUGACGCCACUACACGUCUCAUGGACACCCUUGUGGCAAUGGAAUUGCUAGAAAAAUUCAAACAGGGUGACCAGUGGUUGUACAGUAAUUCUGAAAUGGCCACUAAAUUUCUCACCAAAGACAGUCCAGAUUCGUAUCUAGAUAUGAUCGCAUUGAUAAACAAAACGACAUAUUUCAUGUUUGGAAAUUUAGAAAGCGCAGUUCGCGAGGGAACUACACAGUGGAAGAGGACGUUUGGAAUGUCUACAGAGGAAAGUUUUGCGAACUUUUAUAACACCGAAGAAGCCAAAUUACGGUUCAUGGGUGCCAUGCAUUGUAAUUACCUCUAUGCAAGUUAUGCUGCUGCUAAAGCCAUUGAUCUAAGCGCGUACAGAAGCUGCUGUGAUCUAGGAGGUAAGUCAAAAAACGGAACGUUCGUAUACAUCACACGCCAUUUUUAUAAGAAAUGUAAGACUGAAAUGGAAAAACCUUUGCCUGUCAGCACUGUGAAAACAAUACUGGCUGAAGUUUAUUCCACCUCUUCUGAACGAGCAAUAUAAAGAAACCGCGAUCAAAAAGAACGAAACCGCGUUUGGUCUCACAGCGGCUAAACUAAAUUAAUAGUCGACUGAAUGCAAUAAUAUAGAGAAAUUUUGAGCCAAGAAAAAUGUCUUAAGGAAUUUGCAUAAUAUAGUCAGACUUUCUUUCCAAAUGUAUCUUAUUCUUCUUUUCUUAAACUGCUGUCCCAUUUUAAUUACGCUCACAGUCCUGGCUGGGGAUACUUAGGCCAAUUUAGUAGAGAUAAUUUAUAACACGAAACUCUAUAGUAAAAAACAUUGUUAUAAUCUCGGUUUAUUCAUUUAUUUAUUUAUCUCUUCAAAUUAGAGGAAAAGCUUGCGCUCUAUGGAACUGUCCGCAUGCCCAUUUACGUAGAAAAACCAGUCGUAGGGGUUCGCAUCAAAUAAAAUUCAAGACUUCUGUUCAAAUUCCGUUAUGAAAUUGGGAAAAUCGCUCCUAUUUACCAGAAAAAUGGCCACAACAGCCUUAAAUUAGAAAUAAGAUAGAGAUGGAGAAAUGCGUUAACUUCCGUUUUUAACAUCCCGGAUGGGGAAAACACGGCUACCUUUUUGGAGGUCACGUGUCUGCCAAGAAUUUUUCGCUGGGUUUACACAAAAAUUCUAUCCAAGCAAGAUUUUCGGAAAAUUAGUUGUAAAUGUGGUAAACUGCAAACGAUCUAUGACUCUGUUUGCUGAAAUGGACUUUUAAAAUUCCCUAUUUCUCCCUGCUCUAGGGGCUGUGGGUACUCUAGCCUAUGCUCUCUGUCAGUUCUACCCUGAAAUGAAGGUAACAGUUUGUGACUUGGAGUCAGCCGUGAGUUUAGCCCAUCACUUCCGACCAUCAGUGGAAGCUUGCCCAAAUCAAGCCAAUGUUUCUUUUGCGGUCGGCGAUUUCUUCAAACCUGAAACCAUACCAAAGGCUGAACUGUAUGUGUUGUCUCACGUUCUCCACGACUGGUCAGAGGAUAAAGUUGACUUGAUUCUUUCAAAUGUCUACAAGUGCUUACCCUCAGGUAAUUUUAAUAGAAAGAAGGUUUUACCGUUCUUUAAGGGAUCCAGCACGCACGUACGGAAGUACGUGCGUGCGGCGUCAAGGGCCAUAAUUAAAUCCAAGCAGAAAAUACUAGGUUCCGCAUGUAACUUACAGUUACGUGAGGAUCAAGAAAACGGGGUUUAUUAUGUCUCUGGUUAAAUUACAGACUGAGAGGGCAUCGAGGAUUACAGUUCAAGCAGGAAAGCUGCAAAUGAUCGAUGUGAGUGAAAUCCUACACACGAGCGUCAAAAAUCGUGGCUUUGUGACGGCAAAACACUUUACACACCCAUAUUAAAGUCCAACCUUACAAGAAACGCCGUAACAGCUUUACAAUGUUCUUCGCUCAUGAAUUGUAAGCAAAACGAACUUUCAUUUUGAAUUCACGGUCUUUAGUCUUCAAGUGAAACGAGCCCUCAAACUGACUGAUGAAGAAGUGCUUUGGUAACAAAGGGCGUUUUAAUGUAGUAUGUAGCCUACACAGUGACGGUUGACAGUGCUUAUAGAAAUGACAUAUAAGGUUUAGACUUUUUAACUCCCUCAGUAACUGAGGGACUAAAAAGGACUCCAAGUAAUCGUCUGAAAUUCAGUUUACUCUUUUGCCAUAAAAAGGCAAACAACGCGCUAUUUUUCAUAGCUCUUUUAUUUUUGUAGGUGGUGGACUCCUCAUUUGCGAACGGAUUUUAAACGAAGACAAACGUGGCCCAUUGCCUACUCUCAUCUACAGCCUUCUAAUGUUGGUGUCCACGGGUGGAAAAGAGAGAUCAGCUCCAGAAUACAAGCAUCUCCUGGAAAAGCAUGGAUUUAUAGAUGUUCAAGCGAAACGUGUUUAUUUUACUCAAGACGCCAUUUUCUGCAGAAAGAUGUAACAUGCAGCAACCAUUGCAUAAAAUUAAGUUGAAAACUGCCUUACGAUUGACUUAUGGUCAUUGAAUGCCAGUAAAUCGAGUUUAUAUUACAUUAGAAUUGGGUAUCCUUUCCCAGUAGGAUAGCGAUGGCAGCAGUAGCUAUGGCACCGAGCGCAAAUUAACCAUAAUAUAACUGCCCCUGGGGGAGCUUUUCUGGCAGUAUGGCGUUACAGCGUGACAUCGGUCACUCGAAACUCUACGUUUGCAAUCAUGUGACUUAAGCGUUUUCGCUUUUUCCUGUUCCGAAAUAAAUUUCUCGCUGUGUGGUUGAUAUCUUUCGAUGUGGAAGCUUAAGAUCCUUUGAAUUUUUCAAAACCAGCGACUAACGCCCUAUAAAGCGUUACCUUCUCUUUCAGGCAGCUUAGUCAUUGACAGGAAAUGAAAAACAUAAUUUUGAUUUAGGGACGGACCAUUAGAAAAGUUAUGGGGGUGGGGGCGGGUGUCAAAUUUUCGAGCCGCAGGAAUUUUUUUUUCGGUUACCAAAUUCCUUGUAUGACUUUUUUGGGGGUUAAUUGCGUGCAUGAAUUAUUUUGCUUUUAGUUUUCCCUUGCGCGAAUAUUUUUUUGGUGCCUCGUCAGCCCUCCCCCAAAAGUUUUCUAAUCGUCCCUCCCUUAAAUGGGGUAUCAGUUAGGCCUGGUUCAGACGCCGCAGCCUAGUCCCAAGGCGUUCUCGGCUCCGUCAAUCCUGGACUCUACCGUGAGCUGUCACGUCACCGAGAGAUUUUCGCCCACUCUUUCCCAGACUUCGCGCGGACAACGAGGCAAGAGAGAACGCCUAGGGACUAGGCUGUAGACGCCGUACUAUGGAGCGACACUGGCGCUACAUCUGAUUCAGACGGAGUACCGUGUGUCGAGCCUAAGUAAAGUUGGACAAAAGGUCGACAGACUCUGUCGAACUUUUACCACAUCAAACUAAAACUGCCGUACCAAAUUGAUUCAGACACCGCUCUUUGCCGUACCCGUGAAUCAUCACUUAGGUUCGGCACAUGACUCUCGCCUAUGCUUUCUGUCAGUAUUACCCUGAAGUUAAGAUAAUAGUUUGUGACUUGGAGUUAGCCUUGAUUUUAGCUCAUCACUUCCGACAAUCAGUUGAAGCUCAGUGCCCAAAUAAAGCAAACCUCGUCCCCACGGCUUUUCCCUUAAAAAAUGGGUGGGGCGGGAAACGGCCCUGGCUUGUGCAUUAUUCAAAUGCUACAAGUUUAUGAAACGGCGUACCGGCUCUACGUUGUCACGUACAAAAUAUAUCAAAUGCUUCCAAAUGCUAUGCUCAAAUGCUCAAAUGCUAUCAAAUGUAAGUCUUUCUUUGUUGCUAGUCGUUUGAUCGCAGAGGUCAAUAAUUUUUUUAAAAAUACAGUUAAUACAGGCUAAGUCUAAACCAACGCGUGUCGCUACGAUAUGACUGAGACUUAAGGUGAAUAGAACUAGGCUGUGUACGGCGGCCGUCUUCGCAAGAAAUGAAAUAGAAUAUCAGAAGAGUCGAGAAAGCGGACUUUUCCAGUACAUACUUUAUGCAUGUACGAUAGCUGGAUUGUUUGUCAUUUAUACCGCUCUAUAAACAGAAGUUCUACAAAUGUUACUCGCUGACCCCUUCAUAGAAAUGGAAGGAAAGCAAAAAAUUACCAUGGCCAGUAUCUGUGACAAAAAAGAAAUCCUGUAAAACCUUUCGUUAAUCGUCAAGAGAUAUAAGAGGCCGCCCAAGUUCGCGAGGUGUGAAGUUACGCAUAAUUUUAGCUUUUCACAUAGCGCAAAUUUAUUACACCCAGGAUUUUAGGGUGUACGAGGGGACACGUGACCAGCCGAUGCCAGGGCCUUUUCCCGCCCCACCCAUUUUUUAAGGGAAAAGCCCUGGGGACGAGGUUGAAAUUAAGCCAACGUUUCCUUUGCGGUCGGCGAUUCAGUCUUCAAACCUGACACCAUACCAAAGGCUGAAUUGUAUGUGUUGUCUCAACACAUACACGGACUGACUACUGUUGGUCGGAAGUAAAGUAAAAGUAAAAGCUAUUUGAUGUCAUUAUUACCGACACAUCAAAGAGUCUGUGAACACAGACGAAUCGUGCGGUGCAAAAGAUGAAAGUGACGGGGAAUCAGGGGAUGAAGAAUAUGAGGAAGAAUUCGACAGUGGGAAGGACGAGAGCGACAAUGACUUUGUUUUCAACGAUUUGGAUGAGAAGAGUAACUCUUGACAGACAAUUCAGUUCAUAUCAGAUGACCAAAUAUGUGAAGUUGUUGUUCUAGGUUCAUGAGACGUAAAUAUUAAUAUAGACGUCACUUGCUUAGAUACAUGUAUAUUAACACUGGCUUUUGUGGUGACUGGUAUAGAAGAGGGGGGAUCAUGAAAUCUUGCACCGUCAAAUUAUGUGUGGGGAUCAAACCCACUCUGCAUGCUUUAAGGGGGGAUCACGUAGGUGCUCCGUUGUCACAACAAAAAUCCUUUGUCUCUCCCCUCUCUGAGGCGAUAAAUAAUGACCGGUCCCUAAUAAAGUACGUAAACAGGCAACAACAAAAAUUUUGUCUCUCUUUCUGAACUUAGAUAUGGUCCCUAGGAAUUCUAGCUUAGUUGGUGGGUUCGCCUUCAUUUGUCAAAGUCAUUUGGUAAUAAAAAAACGUACAAAUUCACUUUUUAAGAGACCUUCUCCUUGCCGUAGCGUUCUUUUAAAGUCACUAAUUAUUAGAGCAUGCGCUAACGCUGUUAUCAGCUCUUGGCUCCGGCACUAUACUGGACGCCAUGAAAAUCAUACCGGAUCGAUAGGGCUUCUGUUCACACAUAAGAACAGUUGUGGCGCGAUUUCUGUGACGCAGCGAAGCUGCGGCGCGCAGAUCUCUAAAGAGGAGAGUCACAUUCGGAUAGGUGUUCACACUAUAACGGAUAGUUUUGCUUGCGCCAGGAAAAGCCAUCACGGUGUAGUGUAAACAUAACCUAACGGCGCUUUCCAUAAGUCAGAACUGGCCGGCCGGACCAUGGCCAGACCAGGCAUUUUGGCAAUGAAAGAGGCGUUUUCCAAGAGGUUUUGCUGAAAAACCAUCUCCUUUGAGCAUAAUGUGUAGGAUUUGACUGAUCUGGAUGGUUGUUGUUGAUUAAAAGUGAAAUUCUCAUUACGAUGGGAAUGGGCUGGCCAGUUAGUUCUGACAAAUGGAAAGCGCCCUGGGUUGACUGGGAGACUCGCAGGCUUACCCUCUUUCCCAUUAGACAACUUUUCUCUCUAAACGGGGCCUUUCAAAGGGCGCCCGCGGGAUGUUAGGAAAUUAUUGCGUCAUUGUAGCGGGAAAACUCGUCACGUGAUCUGAAAACUGAGCUUUGUACAAUAGUCUAGGAACUGUGUAGUCAUUCGGAGUCGUGGAGCUGAUCGAGUGUGUAGAUUAAGUGUCGAUCAUCGAGAUUGUACGCCAAUUGAUGUCCAUGAAUUCUUUAAGUGUAAAACAGAGUACAGAAUUCUAAAAUAUGAACAUGUGAAGAAAUAUACUUUCAAGGGAUUGACGAAAUAAAGCUAAAUGGAACUGGUUGGUUCACACAUAAUUCGUGACACGGGGUAUUACACGACAGCAUAUCAAGCUGAUCAUGCAAUAGCCAAACUAGUUUUGAGCCGGUUAGAAUCCAGUUACUUUAAGGAAAUUGAGUAAUUUUAAUUUUCAGUGGACAAAAACCUUGUACCAGAAUAAUUUAAACAAUAUUGCAUUCUUUUUGACAUUUUUCAAGGGCUAUAGAUGUAAUUAGUUAUCUGUAAUAACACCAAAGAAAAUUUCUUAUGGAAGCCCUAGAAAACGUAUGUCAAAUUGCACAAAAUUACAUCUUACACAUGAAAUUUUCAGAAUUUUACCUAUGUUUUCACAAUUCUUGUAAAAUUUGACUUUUAUUUUCUCGGGCUCUCAUGAUGGAUGGAUUCCGUGUUAAUUUAUUCGUCCCCAUUUUAAGACUUAAAUGACGUUGAGGGCAGAAGCUUUUUUACUAGCGUCAAUUAAGUGGCUUGGAUUUCAUUACUCAGUGUAUAACACAUAGCGUUCGGGAUAACAGCUCGCGUAUUUCUAAAAAAAAAAAAAGACAAAAUGAGUGAAACAAAAAAAACUCAAGUUCCUUCUCCUAUGCCACAGACGUUUUAUAGGCUAAUAGACGGUUUUCGUCUGUCUAAACAGGGGCACCCAACGAGAAUAUAGUUCAAAACCACUUAAACAUAGAAUUGUUAAACGUAUUUUAGUAUUUAAACGGCAGGUAUGGCAUAUUUUUAUCCCCUAAAAAUUUCUCAUCUGUUCGGAUUUCCUAGCUGAAAGUCAAGUGAUCCGAAAAUUAUAGGGAUCAAAACUUACCUUUUCGAAAAUUUUAGCCAGAAAAAAGGCUCCCGAAAAUUCUAGCUGACCUUUUUAGGGUAAAAAUCCGUUAAAAAUAGGCAAUUAUACCAUUUUUUAGAUGUCCGAAAAUCCUAGGAGAGGCAGGCAAGCAAGAAAUUUUACAACAAAUGUUCCGAAAAUUCUAGAUCUCAAAUCGUCUUCCCAACAGAUAUUUUUCCGAAAAUUGUCGUUGGGUGCCCCAGUCUAAAGCGCUAUUUGCAGCAUGUGAAUUGGAAGUCUUCGACAAACUGCGAUCCGCAUCCUCACCACAAUCGGCCGACGAUAUAACAACGGCAUUGUCCUCCGAUGUUGACGCCACUACACGUCUCAUGGACACCCUUGUGGCAAUGGAAUUGCUAGAAAAAUUCAAACAGGGUGACCAGUGGUUGUACAGUAAUUCUGAAAUGGCCACUAAAUUUCUCACCAAAGACAGUCCAGAUUCGUAUCUAGAUAUAAUUGCAUUUACAAACAAAACGCUGUAUCCUAUCUUUGGAAAUUUAGAAAGCGCAGUUCUUGAAGGAACUACGCAGUGGAAGAAGACGUUUGGAAUGUCUGUGGAAGACUGGUUUCCCAAUGUUUGUAACACCGAAGAAGCCAAAUUACGGUUCAUGGGGGCCAUGCAUUGUAAUUCACUCUAUGCAAGUUAUGCUGCUGUUAAAGCCAUUGAUCUAAGCGCGUACAGAAGCUGCUGUGAUCUAGGGGGUAAGUCAAAAAACGGAAAGCUCGAAUACAUCACACGAUAUUUUUAAACCUUUGCCUGUCAGCGCUGUGAAAACAAUACUGGCUGAAGUUUAUUCCACCUCUUCUGAACGAGCAAUAUAAAGAAACCACGAUCAACAAGAAGACGCCCGAAGGCGUUUAGGCGGGAUGUGUUGGUGUAAGUAAGAAUUACCAGUAUGUUGAAUGGCAAUGGAAAGUUGAGUAGUGUAUGCAACAAAUGUGUGAAAGGAGAGACGGAGAUGUUCUGUUAAGGACUAAUACACAAGAAGAUGAAUUACAUACAAGGGUUCCUUUGCUACUCAAAACAAAACUUACAUCAAUAUUACCACCAUAUAUGUUAGGAGUAUGGGGUAGUUCACUAAAAUUUGCAUUCCUUUACUAAUAUCCUCAAAAAAUGCACUCCACAUUCAACAAUAGCAUGUAAUGUAUCAUACUUUCAAUAACUACAGGGGUGCAAGGCUGUGCUCUAGGGAAAAUUUCAGGGAGCCUUUCGGGCUCUCCAAGCAUUCUUAGCUGGGAUGCCCGGGCCUCCAAGUUGGUCGCCCAAAUUAAUAAAUCAAUGAGCUGUUAGUUAAAUUAUUUUCUUAACAAGUCAAGCAGAAUUUUGUGAAUAUUUUUUUCAUGCAAAAUCACAUCCCUUUGACUGGGCUCCUGAGCGUGCGAAAAAAAAAACCCCGCAUGUUGUCAUAUGAAAGUAAGUUUUCGCGCCAUAUUAGAAACAUGGGCAACGCCGCCGAAUAUUUCAUGUUUUUUAAAUAGAAAAGUAAGAUUCUGGUCUGUUUAUGUCUAGUUGGAGUUAUGAAAACCGGGUUAGCACACAUUUGUAAUUUUUCGCAACUUCCCCUGUCUAAUAGCUUGACAUAUGUUUACUGUGUUGGUUGGUUAUGUCGUUUUUUUUUUUUUGCUUGUUUUGUGGCUAGGGAUCCUUGUAGAAGUAGAUGUAGACUGAAUUACUAUCUUACCCCCCCUCCCGAUUUUUUUCCUUACCUACAAUUCUUUCUUUAACACAAGUGACAGUUAUUUGAAAUCAGCGCGCGCCUAAAGCUGGUUUCGGUGCCGCUUAGCAGUCACCUUGAGAAAAGUUUCCCGGAGAGCAUCAUGUAAAGCUCUGAGAUGGGACAAAGUUAUUACGAUUCGCAAGUCUGACUCCUGUUCAAAAUCCGUUAAGAAAUUGUGUAAAUCGCUCCUAUUUAGCAGAAAAAUGGCCACAACAGCCUUCAACAGAAAUAAGAUAGAGAUGGAGAAACGCGUUAAUUACCGUUUUUAACAUUCCCGAUGGGGAAAACAAGGCUACCUUUUUGGAGGUUACGUGUCUGCCAAGAAUUUUUCGCUGGGUUUACACAAAAAUUCUAUCCAAGCAAGAUUUUCGGAAAAUUAGUUGUAAAUGUGGUAAACAGCAAACGAUCUAUGAAAUGAAAAUUUAAAAUUCCAUAUUUCUCUCUGCUCUAGGGGCUGUAGGAACUCUCGCCUAUGCUCUCUGUCAGUUCUACCCUGAAAUGAAGAUAACAGUUUGUGACUUGGAGCCAGCCGUGAGUUUAGCCCAUCACUUCCGACCAUCAGUGGAAGCAUGCCCAAAUCAAGCCAAUGUUUCAUUUGCGGUCGGCGAUUUCUUCAAACCUGAAACCAUACCGAAGGCUGAGCUGUAUGUGUUGUCUCACGUUCUCCACGACUGGUCAGAGGAUAAAGUUGACUUGAUUCUUUCAAAUGUCUACAAGUGCUUACCCUCAGGUAAUUUCAAUAGAAAGAAGGUUUUACCGUUCUUUAACGGAUCCAGCACGCACGUACGGAAGUACGUGCAUGAAAUUAAAUCCAAGCAGAAAAUACUAGGUGCCGCACGUAACUUACAGUUCGGAUCAAGAAAACAAGGUUUAUCAUGUCUCUCGUUUAAUUACAAACUGAGAGGGCAUCGAGGAUUACAGUUCAAACAGGAAAGCUGUAAAUGAUCGAUGUGAAUGAAAUCCUACACACGAGCGUCAAAAAUCGUGGCUUUGUGACCGCAAAACACUUAACACACCCAUAUUAAACUCCAAACUUACAAGAAACGCCGUAACAGCUUUACAAUGUUUUUUCCCUCAUGAAUUGUAACCAAAACGAACUUUAAUUCUGAAUUCACGGUCUUAAGUCUUUAAGCGAAAUGAGCCCGCGAACUGACUGAUGAAGAAGUGCUUUGGUAACAAAAGGUGUUUUAAUCUAGUAUGCAGACUACACGGUGACGGUUGACAGUGCAUAUAGAAAUGGCACAUAAGAUUAUUGUAUGACCAAUCAUCUAUCAUUUCAGACGAUUACUUCGACAAUGUUGGAGACGUUUUAACUCCCUCAGUAACUGGGGGACUAAAAACGACUGGGAGUAAUCGUCUGAGAUUUAGGCUACUCUGGUGCCAUCAAAGGCAAACAACGCGCCAUUUUUCAUACCUCAUUUAUUUUUCUAGGUGGGGGACUCCUCAUUUGCGAACGGAUUUUAAACGAAGACAAACGUGGCCCAUUGCCUACUCUCAUUUUCAGCCUUCUAAUGUUGGUGUCCACAGGUGGAAAAGAGAGAUCAGCUCCAGAAUUCAAGCAUCUCCUUGAAAAGCAUGGGUUUAUAGAUGUUCAAGCGAAACGUGUUUAUUUUACUCAAGAUGCCAUUUUCUGCAGACAGAUGUAA